UCCUCCCCCCUCCCCCUCCCCGACCGUUGUUGUUCUUUUUCUCCGGCGACGACGCGCAGCAACGCCGUUCCGGGCCGCGACCUAGCAAUGUCGAGCUCCGCUUCAGCCUCCCGCCGCUCAUGGCCGCGCUAUGGCGCAGUGCCCAUGACAAGAUGCCCUGCAUGCCCACGUAUCGCACCCCUGAAGCGGCUAGUCACAACGACCGACAAGAAUGGCAACCUUGGGCGGGAAUUCGUGAAAUGCGAGAGCAAACCAGAGCAGGGAAAGAAAUUGAAGCAAUGCACCCAUUUUGAGUGGCUAGAUGAGUACAUAGAGCGGAUUCAACUGGAGGGUGCAUCAGGGGAGCUCGAUUUACUGUUGGAGGCGGAGAAGUUGGGCAAGUUUGGAUCGGGCGCAUCUGGAUCCGGGGCCCCUGGAUCUGGCAAUUCCAUCGGGGGCGCCCGCCCUUCCAUUGGUGCUACUGUGGGGGAUGCAGGAGUGACGGCAGAGCUGAAGAAGCUGAACAAGCAGAUGAAGAAACUCAUCAAAUUGCAGAAGCAGGGCAAUUUGAUGGGGCUCAUGGCCGCACUUUUUUAUGUUUGUGUAAUUGGUCUCGCAUUUGUUUAUGUGAUGAUAAUUAGUCGUAAGUGAAUAGAUUGGGCAUCAUUUGUA